AUGUGGCACUUUGUGUGUGCGUUUUUUUUUUAAACGCUAUCUUAACUGGUUUACGUGACUUGGCCUCCCAAAGCACGUCAGGGCUCCCACUGAGCAGCUUAUUUGCAUAACUUGAGUUUAGAACUGAACUCUGAACCAGAGCACUGAGCCGGACCUGUUGGGCUAAAGAACAGAUUUGCGUUCCACGACAAGCAGCCCUCGAAGAAGAACGAGUCCACCUACUAUGAGCACUGUUCUAAAUAACUUCAGAAAAUCUGAAUUUAUCAGUAUUUCAGUUCAAGAUCCAAGACUCCACAAAGAAGACACCUGGACCACAUAUGUUGACUAUGAGAUCUAUCUCCAAACCAACAGUAUGUGCUUCCGAAAGAAGAGGUCCUGCGUUAGGAGGCGCUACAGUGAGUUUGUCUGGCUGCGUCAUUGCCUGGAGCAGAACGCCCUCGUCUUAAAUGUGCCCAAACUGCCGUCCUGGAACCCCUUUUUCAGUCUGAGGAAUGAAGACCAAGUCACCAAGAGGAUGAAGGGUCUGCAGGAGUUUCUGGACAACAUUCUCCAGGUUCCCUUGUUGUUAUCCGACAGCAGGCUGCAUCUGUUCCUGCAGUCGGGUCUCAGCAUUACAAAGAUUAUGAAGUGCUCUCUCGGUCAGACCAGGUACACAGUGGCUGAAGCCAUUCAACGCUCCAGCACUGGUUGCAUUAAAAGUUUAGAGGACAAAGCUACUUAUGACUCGGAUUGUGAAAGUUCUUCAUCAUCGGGGCUCGGAUUAAGUAUCGAGACUCAAGUUCAAGAAGAUCCUCUCAGGUUCUGUGAAAGGGCCUGUUUAGAUCACUGAGCUUAUUUUAGUACUUACCUCAUCAAUGUUCCACUUUUCCAUUUUAAUGUGCUUGUUCUUCUGAUGUCAAAUUUCCAGCCUUUAAGUUUGUAAUUUCUUUUUUAUUUUAAGGAGACAGUAUAGUAAACCUACUCGUUUCUUAAAUCUGUACCAACUUCAA